AAUUUCUGAGGCCAGUACAGUCUGUUGGCGCGGUUGUUCAAUCGCGAGGAGUAAAAAUACAAAGUAAAGGUAUUCUCUAUUUUGUAAAAAUUGCGGGUGAUCCACGAAGGAAUUCACCAGAAUGGAGAGUGGCAGGGCCCGUUUUCCAUUUCCCUUCCAGCCCUACGACAUUCAGGAGCAGUUUAUGCAAGCACUGUACUGUGCUCUUGAGCAAGGCAAAGUUGGCAUCUUUGAAAGUCCUACUGGAACGGGCAAGUCACUGAGUCUGAUAUGUGGGGCUCUGAGCUGGCUGACAGACUACGAGGACAGGAGAAGACAGGAGGCAGCUGCUCUGCUGCAGGACGGGGAAGCAGCGCUUUCCAGUGCUCGGUCCUCCUCUACCAGCUCCUCGGCAGAACCUGACUGGAUCACCGAUUUUGUUCAAAAAAAGGCUGAACGUGAUUUGGUGUCAAAGCUGAAGGAGGAGGAAUUGAAAAGAAAGAAGAGGGAGGAGCGAUUAGAAAUGAUCAGAAAUAAUGUUCAGCUAAAGUAUGCAAUGAAAAGAAAGAGCUGUGAGGAUGAUGAGGCAUUCAAGUUGCUUCAUCUCAGUAAGGAAGAAGAAAGAGAUUCUUCAGAAGAUAAAGAGGAUGAGGACCUUAUUAUUGCAGAAUAUGAGAGUGAUGAUGAGUCCAAGAGCAAAAGCAGAUUUUGUGCUGCUGAAGACGACGAUGACGACGACGAAUUGGUUGAAGAACACGUUACUAAGAUUUAUUACUGCAGUCGCACUCACUCCCAGUUAGCCCAGUUUGUCCAUGAGGUUCAAAAGAGCCCCUUCAGCAAGGAUGUCAGUCUGGUUACAUUAGCCUCACGGCAGAAUCUAUGCGUCAACGAGGAGGUGCGUGGCUUGGGCAGCAUCCAGCGCAUUAAUGACCGCUGCAUGGAGAUGCAGAGGAACAAGCAUGAGAAACAACAUCCUGAGGAUGGGGUGAAGCGUAAGCGAGGCCCAACAAAGACUGUGUGUCCCUACAAUAAAACAUCAGCGCUGCAGCAGAUGAGAGACGAAGUUCUGGGGAUGGUCCGCGACAUAGAGCAGCUGCUGAAGUUGGGCCGGGAGACGCAGUCAUGCCCUUACUACACCACACGCCUUGCUGUCCCUCCUGCACAGCUGGUUGUGUUGCCCUAUCAGAUGGUGCUACACGAAGCUACAAGGAAGGCAGCGGGGGUCAAGUUGAAUGGACAGGUGGUGAUUAUAGAUGAAGCUCACAAUCUUAGUGAUACCCUCUCCUGUAUACACAGCGCAGAGCUAAAUGGGGCGCAGCUUUGCCGCGCCCACUGCCAGCUCACCCAGUAUUCUGACCGCUAUAGGAGCAGGCUCAAGGCAAAGAACUUGAUGUACAUCAAGCAGAUUCUGUUUGUGACUGAAGGGCUUGUCCGGGUGCUGGGAGGUAAGGUGGGACAGAAUCCACAGACCCAGACUACACAAACAGAAACAGAGAUGCUUACCAUUAACAACUUCCUCUUCAAGGCUCAGAUCGACAAUAUCAACUUGUUCAAGUUACAGAAAUAUUUUGAGAAGAGCAUAAUCAGCAGAAAGCUCUGUGGCUUUGUGGAGAAGUAUGCAGGUUCAGGUGUGAGUCUGCACACGAAGAGCAACUCAAACAAGGAGAACCGGCGCACCGAAGGCUUGAACCGCUACUUACAAGCGCUGCAGAGCAACCAGAGUGCUGCACCAGUUUAUUCUUCGGACCAGCAGGGGUCAGUAGAGGCAGACAAAGUCCUGUCUGCAUCUCCCAUGAUGCAGGUGGAGAGCUUCUUAAUGGCUCUCACUAACAGCAACACUGAUGGCAGAGUGGUGGUGCACAGACAAGGUACUCUGUCGGACAGCAAUGUGAAGUUCCUCCUGUUGAAUCCCGCGGUCCACUUCGCUCAGGUGCUGAAGGAGUGCAGAGCAGUCAUAAUUGCAGGAGGAACCAUGCAACCUGUUUCUGACUUCAAACAAGAGCUACUGUUUUCUGCUGGAGUCGGAGCAGAGCGCAUCACUGAGUUUUCCUGUGGUCACGUAAUUCCUCCCGAGAACAUUCUUCCUCUCAUCCUGUGCAGCGGUCCGUCCGGUCAGGAGCUGGAUUUUACUUUCCAAAACAGAGACUCUCCACGCAUGAUGGACGAGACGGGGCGCGUUCUCACUAACGUUUGCAACGUGGUGCCAGGAGGGGUCGUGUGUUUCUUCCCAUCUUAUGACUAUUCAAGGAAGAUCAUUGCUCACUGGGGGGCUAGCGGUGCCCUGACUCGCUUGGCUAACAAGAAGAAGAUCUUCCAGGAGCCUAAGAAGGCCAGUCAGGUGGAACAGGUGCUGAGCGAGUUCUCCCGUUGCAUCCAGAGAUGUGCAGUGGAUGGUGGUGGACUGACGGGAGCGUUGCUGUUCUCAGUAGUUGGAGGAAAGAUGAGUGAGGGCAUCAACUUCUCCGAUGACCUGGGCAGGUGUGUGGUGAUGGUGGGAAUGCCGUAUCCCAACAUUAAAUCCCCAGAGCUGCGGGAAAAGAUGUCCUAUCUGGACAAACACCUGCCUCACACUGGAGGGAGGAGCCCCGGUCAAGCACUUAUAGAAAACCUUUGCAUGAAGGCUGUUAAUCAGUCCAUAGGAAGAGCUAUCCGUCACCGUGGCGACUAUUCCUCCAUUGUGCUGUGCGACAGACGUUACUCUAGACCCACUACUCUCUCGAAGCUUCCCACGUGGAUCAAAGAUCGCACCAGUACACACGCGAGUUUUGGGCCUGCGUUUGCUGCUUUGCGGAAGUUCUUCCUGGGGAAGAAGCAGAAACAGCUGUAGCGUCACUCCAGCAGUUUCACAAGACGGCAACAAAACACUCAAGCUAUGCAACUCGAGUUCAAGAAAUGCUCAGAGCAAAUAAGAGGCAUUUAGAUACCGUUCCUUAUCACAACAUCCUCUUACUCUGCAUCUUAGAAUCAGGCGGAGUCUGUUUUCACAAUUUACAUUUGAAAUUAUGUUCAGGGAUUUUUUUUUACCUCUAUACAUACUGAAAGAGGAAAAUUUUAUGUACGUCAGAACCUGAAACAGCAACAACAAUAUCCAGCACCACACUGGUCUAGAUUCAUUUUGCCUUGAAGUCGUUUUAAAUAUUUAAAGCAUUGAAUGUAAAGGUUAUAUAAUGCAAAGAUUACUUUUAUUUAUAGAAAGAUGUUAGUGAACUGUUUCUAUGUUCUUUGUAUCAUAUGUCUGUUCAACCUGUUGAAAAUGUUUUGCAGUGAGUAUGAAUAAAUUAUACUGUUAGUGCUGUUCA